AUGAUACCUCUUAGUACGGCAUCGGCCGCAAACAGCGAGUCUAUCGUUUCACGGCGCAUUGCAGAAAAGAUGAAACAAGAGCUUGGCAGUGUUUUGCUGCGUGCAACCUUCUCAGCUGAUUACCUUCGCCGCAUCCUUGGAUAUCAUCUUGGGGAUGUGCGUUUCAAUAGUCGGGUUGUGGAUCUUCUGCAGCACGAUGGAGUCAAGGGUGGAGUACACGUUGUUUUGGAGAACGGGCAAACAGAAUGGGGUGAUGUGGUGGUGAGAGCGGAUGGGGCACACAGUACGAUUCGAAGGCUUUUGUAUCCGAUGGAAUACGUUGGUACGAGCUGUCGCUCGCUAGGAAUGACACAGGUGGAUGGGUUUGUUGACCUUGGCCAUGGUGAUUGUCCAACAGGCGACUACCCUGUCGAGGUCUGGGUCAGGCGUCGUGUACUCUCAUGUGUCCCACUGCACCGUGACGAAAGACAUCAACUUUCUUUUUCAGCCACACUCUACGAUCCACCUAUGAUGUUGGUGGAUAUUGAUAACGAAACACAGAUGCCAUGGCUGUGCGGGAUGUCUAUCGUGCCGUGCCACACCGCGAAUUUGCUGCCUUUGGUGAUAACAUUAGUAGCCUUCUGGGAGGGGCGGAGGUGGUCAUUUUCACUGAACUUGUGGAGGCUCCUGUUAUGCCGCGAUGGUUCAAUAAACGUGCAGUGUUAA